AUGAGGGGGAGCGGUGUGCUUCUGCUCUUCUUUUACAUUUUAAGUUUGCUUCUUCUUCCAACCAAUAGAGCUUCUUCUUCUUCAUCAUCUUAUUGUUCUAUCCAAGGGUUGCCACUUGUGAUGAAUAUCAGUGAGCUUCCACAGGAUAACUAUGGAAGGGGAGGUUUGUCUCAUAUCACCGUUGCUGGUUCUGCCUUGCAUGGAUUGAAAGAGGUAGAGGUAUGGCUUCAGACAUUUUCUCCAGGCUCACGCACGCCAAUUCACAGGCAUUCUUGUGAAGAAGUAUUUGUUGUCCUAAAGGGAAAUGGCACUCUUUAUCUUGCAUCGAGUUCACACGAGAAGUAUCCUGGAAAGCCUCAAGAAUAUUUUGUGUUUGCCAAUAGCACAUUUCAUAUCCCUGUCAACGAUGCUCACCAGGCCUGGAAUACCAAUGAACAUGAGGAUUUGCAAGUGCUUGUCGUAAUAUCUCGCCCACCAGUCAAAGUGUAUGCAAAUCCUUUCUACCAGUCCCUUAAAACUUCAAUACUUGCCAAUAAUGUGCUGCAAUUUAUAUCUCUUUUGUUCUGCUUGUCCAAAGACCAGAAUCCAAAUCUAGAAACACCAUGUGGUAUUGUCCAUCUAGUCAAGCUUCUUGUACUAUACAAUAUGUUUGCCCUGGAUAUUGGAGGUCUUGUAACAAGUUUCGCGAUGAAUCUUGAAUUUUUUUUUCCCACACUUAUUUCUGCUAUCCAUGAUAUCAAUGAGGUGGUAUAUGUUAUUUCCUCAGCUUAUGAUGUAACUGGGUUUGGAAUCAAUUCUCAUUUCUUUGUUUCCAGGUUCAUUUAUGAAGACUGGUUCAUGCCCCAUACGGCAGCAAAGUUGAAGUUUCCCUAUUACUGGGAUGAGCAAUGCCUCCAAGCACCUCCAACUCCAAAAGAUGAGCUUUGA